AACUGCGCAGACGUUUAGAGUUCCCUCGGAUCUGGCACAUCGCAGAACAGAGCGCCGGACGGGCGGUGUUCUGCGAAGCGUGUUGAGUCUCGACGGGAGUACAUAACUACCCGUCAAAUAUAUUCGAAUAAUUAAGGGAAAAAAGGGGAAAGAAAGAUCGGUGAGAAAAAUGUGGUUGAGUAGUGAUCCUUAACGAAUUGCCGUAACGUAUUACGCGAUCCCUUAAUAUGGAAGAAUGGUUGGAAAUAAAGUUCUGUCAUUGAUACUCUUCCUAGCAGGAUGGCAGGAAGUAGCAACUUUAGUACAAGUACGCCAUGUGGCCAUAGAUGUAGGUCAAGAUCUUACAUUAGCCUGUGCAGAAGAAGAUGCUCUUCCACAUACAGAUUCUCGCGAAGUAAUGUGGAUAAGAGAAGGACGUGAAGAUGGACAGAUUAAGCGGUUAAAAGUUGAGUCUAAUGGCGUGCUAGAACUUGUAAAUGUUAGCGCAGAUGAUGCAGGAAAUUACUCUUGUACCUUGGACGACGAUGUGGAUGCUGUGAAAUCCAGAAUAAAUGUAGAAGUUAGAACACCUCCACCAGCUUUACGUAAUGUUUGGGUAAAGCCAUCUACAAUAUUGGCUAAUAUUCUUUGGGAAGUCGGUGGUACAGGUGGAUAUCCUAUCAUAGACUUUACUGCCGAAUAUCGUCUAAAACCAAAUGAGGGUGAGAAACCAGAACAAUGGAAGCCCAUCAUACCAACGCACAUUCCUCCCAAUUCUAGACAAAUUGACGUGUAUCACUUGGUGCCAAACACGACUUACUCCUUUCGAGUGUGGGCUACCAAUCAGUUGGGUAAAGGAGAUAUAGUGGAAGUUGAAAAUCAUACCCAUCAUAGUGUGGAGGAAUUGGAACUUGCAAGACACUUAUUAGCGGGUGUAGAAGAUUUUGACACCCGUGUUUGGGUUGCAGCAGUAGGCAUUGUUAUGGGAACACUUUUGAUUCUUGGUAUAGGUACAUGUUACCUCCUCUAUCGUGAGUGCAAGGCACCCUCGCAGCUGGAGGAGCAGGAGGUGAUUGAACUUGUCCCAAAUAUUAUUUUGAAUCCCGGAUUUUUUGACGAAAGGACAGAACAUAUUCCUCAAGAUGAAAAUUUUAACAAUCAAACAACAACACGCCUAAAUAAUAACAACGUAGUGCAGCCCAGACGACUCUAGCAAUCAUUAAUUUAAAUUUCUGCAUCGUGGAUUUUUUUAACGAAUGGUAAGAGCAUGAUUUAAAUAUCAUAAGUGUAUAGGUUGUAUUUGAAAUACCCUGAGGCGAUUAUAAAAGUGCAACAAAUGCAGGGCCACUAUAGAAAGAAUUAUAAUAAUUAUAAAAAAAAAAAAAAUUGGAAUCAUGUUUGUAUCCACAUAGAUGUGUAAGUAUGUAUCAAUGCUUGGUGCAUCCUGAUAAACUAAAUUUUUUAGACACAAUACAAUGUAAAGUGUUCAAAGCAAAAGUAAGACUCUGCUAGACUUUGUGAAAUGGCAAAGUAGAUUUUUGAGAACAUUUUGUCAUUAAACUCGCUAAUUUCUUGUUGCUCGUUAACGGAGCCAAAGUGAGAAACUCCUCUGAGCCAAAAAUUAUUUAGUAAGACUGUAAUUCUAAGGAUAAUUCUAUAGAACAUAAUAAUUGGAAAAACUAAAGUUGUAUAAACAAGAUUUAUUAUGAUUUUAUUAUGAUUUAUUAUGCAUAAACUUGUUUUUUGCAUAAAUUAGAGGUAUCAAUUAUACUUAUAAUAUAAUUAUCUUUGAGGACUCAUGAAAAAAAUAUGUAUAAUAAUAUUCUUUCAAACUGUGCACUUCUUAUCAUUUGAAAUAUUAAUUAACUUAUUACCGAUUUUAAACAUUUUUUUUAUGUGCUGGAAAAGUGAUUGUAACAGUUGAUUUGUUUUACAUUUUUAUAAGAUAUAAUAUUUUUCGUUGUUGUUAUAUAUGAAACUGAUUCUAAAAAAUACUUUAAUAAGCGAUAGUUUUUAAGCAACGUAAUGUGCAUUACAUAUUUUUUUCUUGACAUGCAAAGAGAAUGCUAUUUAUUUAUAAUUGUAAUAGGAAAGGUUAGUAACAUUAUUAUACAAGGUUUGAUGCUUCAGUAUUUUUAAUAGUUAUUUAAAUAAUUAUGUUCCAUUAUAGAUUACAAUCUUUAAUAUGCUUUGAUAUAAUCUUGAUAACCAUAGCAGUAUCAAUUAACAACAUGUAAGUGCAAUUCAGAUCUUAAUGAUCUUAAAUAACUUUGCUUUAUAUCACUGUCAUUCCUGACUGCUUAUAUAAAAAAAAGCAUCCAUGUUUUAUUAAAAUAAUUAUGACCAAGUGUUCAAAAUAUAAUGAAGCUUAUAUCACCAUCAACAAUUAUAAGUUCGAAAAUCAAAUAACAUAACAUAAAAAAAAAUGUAUGAAAAAAAAGAACUCGAUUUUGAUAAGUAUAAGGCAAAAGAUAAACUACUUUUGAAGAAACGCAAAGAUCACAGUAUCUGUUAUACAGGAAAUCGUAAUUGUCUCUUUAUGUAUCAAAUGCUAACAGAUUUUUACCAAUUAUAACAUUGAUACUUUAAGCAGAUUUAGGAUUAAAAUAGAAUACUUCAAAUAUUUUGGAUAACACCUUUAAUGAAAGAUAAGUGAAGUUUGACAAAUAUCUGAUGCAAUAUAAAAAACGUAUAGAUCUACUGAAAUUACUUGGAUCUUCUCUUUCCCUUUCUGUAAAAUUUUGUUAUUUUUUCAUGAUAGGAUAGGCAAAUUUUUAUACAAUCAACUCAUAGAUCUGACUUUUCACACAAAAAUUUUUAUAUUCGAUAAUAAUAUAAAAAUAUUAUUUGCAAUAUUCUCGACUAGCUGAUAUUAGAUCGCACUUGGUCAAUUAAUGUUAAAACAUUCCAUACAUCUAAUGUCUCUAUUAUUUUACGAUAUUCUUGAAAUUUGUUAUUUUAUUUAAGUAUAAAAUAUACUUAUAAGUAUAUAAAGUAUAUUUUAAAAUUCUUAAAAAGUAUGAUCUGUUGAUAAUUUUGAGUAUUAUUACAAUUUAUUUUGUUUAAAUAUACACUGCAGGUGUGUCAAGAUUUAUUCUACUAAGAAUUUGAUAUUAUUUAUGUUAAUUUUGCUAUGAUAUUAUAAUAGAGCAGAAAGAAAUUUUUAUUUUUACUUGAGCUUAUUGUAUAAACUUUAAACUUGCUCUUAUCACCAAGUAAGGCAAUUUGGUGCAUAAAGGUUGUAUAAAACUUGGUUGUGCGUUGUUACAUUGAGGCUUCACUGAUCUGUUUCUCCCUUUAAUGUAAUCUGAAAUGUAUCAAAUAUAUCACAAUAGGGAUAAACAGAUCUAAUAUAGCUUCGUACUAUGCACUCUGUGUUGUGAAUGGUAUAUAUAUAUAUAUAUACACAUAAAUAUAUAUAUACACAUAUAUACACACUAAUUAACAAAUAUAAGAAUAUGAUAAUACCAGAAUAAUAACAUAAAUAUAUAUUUAUAUAGCCAAGGCAUGAUAAUAUUUUAGCUAUAAGCAAAGACAAUUUUUUAUAUGUAAAUUAUAAUUAUGCUAAAAUGCAAUGAUAAUAUUUAUCUACUUAUUCACGUAGACACAAUUUUAUGGUGCAAUUUUGAGUUUCAACAGCAGUUCAACGUAUUUGCUGAUUGGCAUAAAUCGUAUAGUACAUAAUGUUCCUUCUUGAUUUUUUUUAAGGUUUAUAUUACUCCCUGCUUAAAUGAGACAGGGAUAUAUUAUUUGAAAUAUUCUAAAAUAAUGGACGUGCUUCAUAUGUCCAUUGCUUACCAUGCAAAAAAAUCUCUUGUCAAACAAAAUUUUUUUUUCUGGUUAGUAUAAAUUAACAAUGAGAUUUAGAUAUAUUGCAUUCAAUAUUUUUUAUUCAAUUCAAUAAUAAAAAAAGACAUUUAUUGUAUAUUAUGAUUUUGUUAAUGAAAUUGAGAAAUAUUUGUUAAAUGUAUAGUUAAAGAAAUAUUAUCUUUUAAUUAAGUUUUAGUUGCCUAAAAAUCAUUAACUUGGUUUUACUUUUGACGAUUAUUUACAAACAAUGUUCUUGUUCAUGUAAAAAGUAUAGUUCUGUGUUAUGGCACUUCAGGUUUUAAAUACUUAUAUAAUAAGUUAAUCAUAAAAUUAGUCAUUUUCAUUAAAGUAUAUCAUAUUAGAGACAGUAUACAUUAAAUGUCUAAUAAUAUUUACCAAAGCUAUCUGAGAAAAACAGUCAAGGAUUGUUCGAUUAAUCAGUAACACUACUAAUAUACCAAAGCCUGAAAAAAAAGAUACAAAUAUCACUCGCAAUGUUAAAUAAUAAGGAUAUUCUUGUAAUUAUUAAUUUUUUAACAGGGUUGUAUUAAUACAAUUUGGAAUUGCACAAAAUGAUUAAUUGAGUUGCUAGAUUUCAUGCGUAAUCAUUAGAAAUGAUUAAUCAUUUAACUAAGCUAAUAUUCUCUUGACUUAUUUGUUAAUAUUGUAUUUCUUUAUUUAGCUUGCAAAAUAGUUAAAAGUAGAAUAUAAAAAUAGUAUGAAAUUUUGGCACUUUCCGAAUUAGUUAUAUGGUAUUUUUAUAUUCAUGAGACUAUAAUACAAUCCUGUGAAAAAGUAAGAUAAGGCACAGUACCAUAUAAUAGAAUAAUGGUGGUUAAUGGCACCAUAAAUCGUCCCUAACAUACAUAUUGCCUAUGACAUACCAAGAGAAUAAAAGCUACUGUGAUUUUUACAAAAUAUCUUUACAUCCAUAUGACAUUAUAUCUUUAUGUAAAGGCCUAUCGUCAAAACGUGCUAUUAACAAAGUAUGAUGCCUUUCAUGCAUUAUAGAGUACUAUUUUGUCGAGUACUAAAAAAAAAUAAAAAGAAGAAAAAAUACGCUAUCAAUAACACGUUUUUCACAUGAAUGAGUCGAGAAUAUUUUUCCAAAUUUAAUAACA